AUGAAGAGACGAUUGAUUAAUUCCAGCAACAUCAAUCGCAAUGGGAAUUCCGACGAGGAGUGGAGUGAGGUGACAGAUCUCCUGGACGGCUGGCGAAGUCAUCUCCUCAUCCUCAUCGUCACCCUCGCUUGCUAUGUUAACGGCCUUCGUGGUGAUUUCGUCCACGAUGACAUUCCCGCCAUCACGAUGAAUAGAGACGUCCUGGGACACAAUCCGCUGUCACAUCUCUUCCUCAAUGACUUCUGGGGCAUGUCAAUGGGCGAUGUGAACAGCCACAAGUCCUACCGACCGCUCACGACGCUCACAUUCCGCAUCAACUAUUUGAUGUUUGGACUGGAGCCACUGUGGUUCCACAUGACCAACAUCCUCCUGCACGCCUUCGUGUGUGUCCUUUUCAGCCGAGUGUGCUUUGUUGUUGCCCAUCUCGAGAGGAAUUUCGCCACAAUGGCCGGAAUUUUAUUUGCUCUCCAUCCAAUUCACACUGAAGCUGUCACAGGAAUUGUUGGCCGAGCUGAUGUGUUGGCUUGCGUUUUCUUCCUCCUCUCCAUCCUCACAUACCACGGGAAUUGCGAGAAGUACCAGAACCUGAGCAUCAUCCUGGGUGGCUUGAGCAUGCUAGCCAAGGAGACGGGCAUGACUGUGUUCCUGGUGAACCUGGCCUAUGACACUUACAGGAGCUGGCCGUCGCUCAGGCGCUCCAUCACGGACGUGCGGUGGUCGGAGGAGAGUCAACAGUUCGCGAGACGAUUGCUGCGCAUCAGCAUCACCGUGAUGAUCCUGCUUUUGUUGCGGAUCGCGCUGCUGCAAGGCACGCUGCCUAAGUUCUCCCUCCAGGACAACCCGGCUGCCUUCCACAGCAGCUUUCGGGUGCGUCUGCUCACCUUCCUCUACCUGGCCGCCUUCAACUGGUGGCUCCUCCUUUGUCCAGUCACCCUCAGCCACGACUGGCAGAUGGGCUCCAUCCCACUGAUGCUGUCCUUCGGCGACCUCCGCAAUUUGCUCACCCUCAUCGCCCUCCUGGCGCUCCUUCUGCUCGCCCUGCGUGGUCUCAUGGACCUGGACUCCCAUCGCCAGACACCUCUAGUCCUCGGCUUCCUCCUCCUCACGCUGCCCUUCCUGCCCGCCAGCAACAUCGUAAUCACAGUGGGUUUCGUGGUGGCCGAGAGGAUUCUCUACAUUCCCAGUCUGGGAAGCACACUGCUGGUGGUGUACGGAGUUCAGGUGCUGUGGCAGAGAUUGCCACGAUGUCGCAGAGUUAUCAUGGGAAUGUGCAUCAUCCUCACGCUGUCGGGCAGUGCAAAGACCAUCAUAAGGAAUGAGGACUGGCUGUCUCGGGAGAGUCUUCUGAGAUCUGGGCUCAGCGUUCUUCCGCACAAUGCCAAAAUGCACUACAACUUCGGGAAUUUCCUCAGAGACUCAUCACAGCCCGACUUGGCGAUGGUCCACUACGAGAGAGCACUGAGCCUGUGGCCCAUGUACUCGAGCGCCCACAACAACCUGGGCACGCUCCUGACCAACCCCGACGUGGCGGAGUAUCACUUCAUGGAGGCCAUCAGGUACUCGUCCGACCACGUGAAUGCCCACUACAACCUCGGCAAGCUGUAUAGGAGGACAAAUCGCACGCUGGACGCCGUCCGCAUGCUGGAGCGCUGUAUAAAGCUCGAGUCGAGAUUUGUGCCUGGAUACUUGGAAUUGUACAAACUGAAGAGCGGCCACGAGGCGGGGCGGCUCUUGAAGAAUGUGAUAAAGCUCUCGCCGAGGAAUCUCAAUCAUCUCUACCUUUACGGCAAUUGGUUGCUGAACAAUAACUCUCCUAUACAGGCACUGGAAUUCUUCCUGCGGGCACUGCGAUUGAAUCCCUAUCACCAAAUGUCCUUCCUGGGGACAUGCCACACACUCCGACGCCUCGGCCAGCUGAUGCGCCUUCAGCAGCUCGUGCUGCGCUGGCACAUUCUGCUGCACGUGGACAAGGGACCGCACGGCAUUCACCACACGGAUUUGUACUUGCGUGAGUGGCAGAUUAAGAUGGAGCUGCGAAGUCGCGCGAAGCUCUACGACAGCGGCCUGAGGACCUCAUCCACUGUCACGACGUGCACACCGCUGCAGGUCAUCGAGGGUGGCAAGCAGUUCAACUGCAGUCGCUCCGAACGCCUUCUGCCCAUCCUGAGGGACGUCCGGAUAGCCGUGGCGCCAGAGCAGAGCGUCGUGAAUUCUGGGUCGUCGUGCUAUCGGUACUGGAGGAUCAGGAAGUGGCCAAAGAGCAAGCGCAAGAGCGAAAAGUUGGAGUCUACAGAGAGCGUGGUGCCACUCCUUGUGUCCAGCUUUCUGGACAAACUGUAAAAUGGUCAGUGAUUGAGUUUGUGCUAAUUCCGCAGAGAAUUCCAAUAGCAAUAAAUAUUCCGCCGGAACGACAAUGCCACAAGGAGGCAAAGGUUAGUGAGGAAGUCAUCGCCAUUUGGACCUACAAAUGACUAGCAACGAACAUAUAGUGAAGAAACAGUGUAAAUAGCUUGUAAAUAGAGAAACUGCGAGAGCCAACAUUGGAGAUAUAUAUUUUUCAGUCAUUUAUGCUUAAUGAAUAACAUGAAUUCUAGACGUCGCUAAAAAGGCUAUAUGUUUUUCUAAACUUGUGGGCGGGACAUUCGAGUGGGAGGAGUUUAGCUAAAGAAAAAAAAAACGUUAUUAUGGUUUUAUUCCGAGUUACUUAUUGACUUAAUUUAAUAUAGAAAAUACCCUAUAUUUUGGAAAUGUGAGCUUCUGUGCUAAUAAAUCCUAUUCAUAAGCACGAUUUAAGUAUACUUUUAAAAUAUCAAAAAGUGGAAGUUAUCAUGAUUCUGUAACUUUUUUGAAAUGCUACAAUGGCGCAAACACAGCUGAAAAUAAUGCGAUAUAGUGAAACACUCCCAAAUGAAUUAGUAUGAAUCAUACAUAACAUAGAUAUUGAGAAAAAAAGAAUAAAGUACUCAGUAAGGGAAAAAAUUGCACGGGAAACUUUCAUUUUAAACUGCACACAACGGAGCUCCUAAAAAACUCAAUUCUUUCACAAAAAUAAACUACUAUAAUAAACCCUCUCUAGAGAUUUGCCAGAAUUCCAUAUGAGGGAUUUUUUUCCUUCCCUGAACGAAUAGGAGUUGACAUAACUGAAAAGCAAUAACUCAUAAUAUGAAUAGAAAGAGUAUUAUUUUGUCACUUGAUAAAGUGAUUUAGUAUUGGAAUGAAAAUAUGAGUGAAUAUUAUUAAAGGUCAGAGCUAAGUACCAAAUUUCUCUCUAAACCAUUAAACCCCUUCUUGAAUACAAGAUAAUAUACUGAAUAAAGCAAUAAUAAUUACUCCCAUAUGACUUAUUAUUGGUUUUCUUUCAAAGAGAAUUAAGAGGAAACAAAUAAAAGAUACAUUAUUACCUUCUAGUAUUAAUCAUAAAUUCACUACAAUGUUUCCAAUACGAUGGUUGCUGAAUGUUGAUGGCACAGAAUGAUUUAUAGAUUGAAUUUAUUGAAGAUUGAAAGCGGAGAAACAUAUCGAGCUGUACAUACAGGAUAAUUGUACAUUAAUUAACUAUAAAGUGAGACUAUUUAUGAGUGAGAAGAUGAUUUGCAUCAAGUACAAGGAAAUCUGAGGUAAAACAGCUCUGAUCAAAAUAUGUAUGGUUUCGUAUCUUUGAACAUGGAGAGAAAGGCGAUAUUUUGUCUAUUAAAGUAUGUCCUUUGUUGAGCAGAAACAUUCAUUCUCUGUCAUCGUUUAUCAUUUGAAGAGAAUAUACAACAAACUUAUAAGAUGUAAGCGAGAGAGAAGUAAAACAACACUGAAGUUUAGAUGAUAAGAGAGUGGAAAUAUUGUAUGCUUUUGCCAAAAAGAAAAACAGCACAAGAAUGCGAAAUAAUCAAUAAAUUGCUCUGUGUACAGGGUGAUGAUUUUGAGAUCAGAAGGGAAAUUUUCAGCCGUAAACCUUAGAUUCGUCUCUGUAAUUAAUAUACACUUCUGCUGUACAAAAUACUUUAAGUACACUAAACACCAUGAAGGACAAGAAAUUAAACUGUAGGCUUAAGUGAUUUUGUGGCCGUAAAAGUAUUUGACGAACUGCAAAGAUGACUGUGGAUUUUCCCAUUGACUUAUAUAAAUUCUAUUUCACAAAAUUCUUUUGAUACCUUUCCUUUCAAAAUUUGGACCAAUUUGAGGAUCAAUUUUGAAGAAGUUUUAUCAAAAAAAAAAUCUUUACAAGAGAGACAAUUUUUCGUAGAAAUCAAUAGGAAAAUCCACUAAAAAUUGCUGAGCGACAAACACCAGGAAAAAGUAUUGUAAAAUUUUGAGAAAAAGAACAUUUAUUACUUUUGUAAUAAAAAAAAGCGAGGAAGAAAGUAUUAAUUUUAGGAUUAAUAGAGAAUAUUGAGAAGGUAUUGGCUUAAUAAAAAAAAACACAUCUUUUUAGGAAAAAGAAACAGAAAUAUUAACAAUACACUAUUUUAUUAUCUUAAAAGAAAAGCGUGAACGAAAAGGAGAAAAAUGACACAAAAAAACCUAAACUAAAAUCUCAAAUAACGUAAGGUAUUUAAUUUUAAAACUCUAUUAAACCUUAUCAAUCGAAAGAGAGAGAGAGAGAGAGAGAGAGAGAAAGAACAACAUAAUAAUAAAAAAGACACACACACAGCAAAAUAUUCACGAUAAAGGGAACAAAAAGAAACAUAGCGAAGUCGCCGAAACACCCUGUCCUUUGGUUCACAAACCAAGAAAAAAAAGAAGAAAUGAAACCUUCAAUCUCUGCGCCAGAAACCAAGGAGUGAAUAAAUGGUGAGAAAUAAGUGAAAUAAUGAGAAAAUAAAGUGAAAUAUGUUUCAUAUUUAGAGGAAAUGUUUUCUGUCUUAUUAUGCUUUUUUCCACUUUCCUCCCGUGCGACUCUCACCUAAUUUGAAUCGUCAUUCCUUCCUGUCAUGAGCAAGAAAGGCGCCACAAACAUGGGCGCGCGAAGAAAAAUUCCUGAACGGAAAGGGGUGUUUGAUAGACAAUUUCCUGGGGUGAAAUUCAAUUACAAAAUUGCUAUAGC